AUGGGCUCUGACCCGGAGGAAGCUCGGAAGCCUUGCUUGAGGGUCCAGACCUUGCUGAAGAGGGUCAUGGCCUCAUCCACCAAAGCCCCGCCUUCGCCUCCGCCCCCAGUCCCGCCCCUGCCCCCCUCCUGGAACCCGGGCUGCACACACGUGUACGGCUACGUGUUUGGGCACGUGCGUGAGAACCACCUGGAACAUCUCCCAUCUCAACAGGUUCUGGACACUGGAGAGCAGCUGAUGGUCCCCGUGGAGGUCUUGGAGGUGGAUAACGAGGGAGCAUUGUGGAAGUUUCUGCUCUCGGGAGCCAUGGCUGGGGCGGUGUCUCGCACGGGCACGGCCCCCCUGGACCGUGCCAAGGUGUACAUGCAGGUCUACUCCUCCAGGACGAAUCUCAUGAACCUGCUAGGGGGGCUUCGGAGCAUGGUGCAGGAGGGGGGGGUCCGCUCCCUGUGGCGCGGCAACGGCAUCAACGUGCUCAAGAUCGCCCCCGAGUACGCCAUCAAGUUCUCCGUCUUCGAGCAGUGUAAGAAUUACUUCUGCGGAGUGCACGGCUACCCACCCUUCCAGGAGCGCCUGCUGGCCGGCUCGCUGGCCGUGGCCAUCUCCCAGACCCUCAUCAACCCCAUGGAGGUGCUGAAGACGCGGCUGACGCUGCGCCGGACCGGCCAGUACCAGGGGCUGCUGGACUGCGCGAGGCAGAUCCUGGAGCGGGAGGGGACCCGCGCCCUGUACCGCGGCUACCUGCCCAACAUGCUGGGCAUCAUCCCCUACGCCUGCACGGACCUGGCCGUCUACGAGAUGCUUCGAUGCUUGUGGCGGAAGUCCGGCAUGGACAUGGAAGACCCCAGCGGCCUGGUCAGUCUGUCGUCCGUCACGCUGUCCACGACCUGCGGCCAGAUGGCCAGCUACCCGCUGACCUUGCUGCGUACCAGGAUGCAGGCCCAAGACACCGUGGAGGGCUCCAACCCCACCAUGCGCAGGGUGUUUCGGCGGAUCCUGGCCCAGCAGGGCUGGCCGGGGCUCUACAGAGGCAUGACCCCCACGUUACUGAAGGUGCUGCCCGCAGGCGGCAUCAGCUACGUGGUGUACGAGGCCAUGAAGAAAACCCUGGGCGUCUAG